CGAUAUCGAUCACUCAUUACUCCCUCUCCGGUCUCCUCCACCUCCAAUCCCCCACACCCUCCUUUCCUUCCGCAAUCACUUUAUCUUUUUCGACAUUCCAUCCCCCCCAUAUCUUCCUGGCCGGCCUCCACCCCUCUUCUUUCUUCCUCGCCAAAGGCGAGUCGCUCAUUUCAACUCACCACCUUCUAGCGCCCACUCCUCCCGUCUGGCGAUCCCAAAGUGUCCGAAAGAGAAGCAAACAAGGAAGAUGCAUAAGCUGCUAACCCUCAUGCUGGUGGCGGUGGUGGCGAUGCUCCCUAAUGCAGGAGCCAUCAAGUGCUAUGCGUGUCAAGGAUACAACUCCAAUUAUCAAGACGACUAUCACUUGAACAACAAGUACUGCUCUCUUAACAACUUCAACAGUGAUCGCGUCGAUACAUUAACUGCAAAGGAGUGCAUGACGCUGGUGCAGUAUGUGCCUGAGGGUACGUUCACGUUUCGGGCCCCCAGCGUUAUGAUGCAGAAGCAAAUGAAUCAGACCUUCAGCCAAAUGAAGAAGAAAACGGAAGUCGAGGAUAUUCACUACCUCCAUUUCAACGGCUAUUUCUGUAACCAGGACCGUUGCAAUGACAGGAGGCCCAGCAACGCUGCACCCGUCAUCCGCGCCCUCUGCCUGCCGCUCCUGCUCCUCCCCCUGGUGACAGCAUCCCACCGACUCCUGGCUUGAAGGCCUUAAUAAACACACACACACACACACACACACACACACACACACACAUUCCUUGGUGUUUCUUUUCAUCAUGUAAGUUAACCUGAAAACUGAUAAAUAAAUAAAUAAUAAAGAAAUACAUGUUUUCCGUGAAGUAAAUUAGCAGUGACGUGAAGUACUGUACCGCUGCUGUACCACACAUGAGGCAGCUGCUACGGGGGAGAGGGGUUGGUGUAUAGGGUAAGGACAGGAGAAAAAACAAAGGUAGCCAGUGAACCAAUUAACCAUCAGACAUACACGUGGUACUCGCUGUAUUAAAGAUGCCUACGUACUUUCUCUCAUUUUCCCUGCAUCCAUUCACUUCACACUUUAAGAGCUACUUUCUGUAUACCUACAGGCAGACUCUAAUGCAUAUUCUCAGGUGACAUGCAGCUAAAUUUGUGAUCCCCACUUGGGCACUGAGGGUUUCUCGUCUCUGUGGCGGGGAAGCUGACCGAAGUGUUGACAUGUGUGGUUCCCUGAGUGACCCUCGCCGCAGUCAUUAUUAGCUUUGAGGUGACGGGCUUCUGUCACCUGAUCAAUAAACAAUGUUGCCUCCCUUACUGCACUGUUAUCAUUUGUGGCGUUAUUGAUCUUCUCGUUGUUGUAGUUUUGUUAUUGUUAGUUAUUAUUUUUAUUAUUAUUAUUAUUAUCAUUAUUAUUAUUAUCAUUGUUAUCAUCACUAUCAUUAUUAUUAUCAUUAUUGCAUGUAUCUAGAAAACCUAUUUGUAACGAGUUUUAUCUUUUCCUAUCUUAUUCUCACACACACACACACACACACACACACACACACACACACACACACACACACACACACACACACACACACACACACACACACACACACACACACACACACACACACACACACACACACAGAGAGAGAGAGAGAGAGAGAGAGAGAGAUAACGUCGGCCGGUUACUCUCGAUAACAAGCUAGAUAGAAUACAAGAGGUAAUGACGUAAUGCACCAUCUCCUGAAAGCACAAGACUGAAUGCACCACCAGCCUAGUCUGAAUGCUGUUACACAAUUAAAAAGUAUUCAUUAUUAGUUAUUAUUUACCAGCUGUUAUGGUGUCUGGAAGAUCACUGAUAAAAUUUUAAAUAAAAUGUUAGUUUCCAGAAUGUAGCAACAAAUAAAGAGAAGCAUCACA